AUGCGUUCAUGUCAGGUGACCAAGGCAACGCGGAAGUCUCCCAUGUUUACGUUUCGUUUGCUUUGUGGUGCAAAUGGCGGACGAGGACAAGGAAAAGCAAGGCCUCGUUCGGCGGCGGCCGGAGCCGGGCGGCCGAGACCGAGAGAAGAGCCUGAGGGCGGCCGUCGAGCGACAACUUUCGGCGGCGGCCGAACGCGUCGUACGGCUACUGCAGGAGCGGCCCAGCUCGGGUGACCGUCGGCUCAGGCGGAUGGUGAUGGACGCCGUCGCCGCCGCUGUCGAGCGAAUCUUCAGCGAGUAUCAGGCGGUGGCCGCGGGAACGGGAGCUGAUGUAAAUUACACAGAGGUUGAACCCGCUACGUCGGAACGGGAUCGCCCCACCGGCUUCCCCGCCCACGAUGGGCCAAGAGAUGUCGGCGGCAAGCCGCACCGAUGCCGAGUGUGCGGCAAGUCGUUUGGCAGAAAAGGCUUUUUGAUGAGGCACGUGGACAACCACGCCGAUGACGCAGAGCCCGCAUGCGGCCUCUGUGGCGUCCGCGCCACCUGCGGCGAGGACCUGCGGCCCCACCUGCAGACGCACCGCGACAGCAACAGGACCUGUGACGCCUGCGGAAAAAAGUUUCUCUCCGCCCGAGCGCAGGAAACGCACCGGCAACUCCACCUGUGCCGGCAGAAUGCUCAGAGCCACCGGCCCAGUGGGCCCCCGGAGGUCCCCGUGCCCACGGCCCCGAUGGGUCUGCAGGUUGAGGGUCAGGGCCGCGGUGGGGGCGCCAUUGAGGAGCAGAUCCAGGACGGCGUUAAGGACCGCGUUCAGGACCGCGGGGAGAAGCGCGUCCGUGGCUCGCGUGACCGGCCCUUCCCCAAGAGUUCGCCGGCGUCGGCGUGCAGGGGUGCUUCGGAUCGCCAGCCCUUCAUCUGCGAGUUCUGUGGGAAGACCUUCACGGAGAAGGCGGCGCUGAAGCGGCACCUGAAGCGGCACACGGGGGGCAGGCCGCGAGUCCACGGCUGCGACGAGUGCGGCAAGAAGUUCACCAUGAGCCAGCACCUGCACGUGCACAAGAGGAUCCACACGGGCGAGAAGCCCUACGCCUGCCGGGUGUGCGGCAAGACCUUCCGGCAGGUGGGGAACCUGGACGCGCACGCCAAGAUCCACACGGGCGAGAAGGCCUUCGUCUGCAGCCUGUGCGGGAAGAGCUUCCGCCAAAAGAUCUCGCUGGAGACGCACGAGCGCUUCCAUCGGAAGGACAAGGUCUUUGCUUGCCACGCCUGCGACAAGAGCUUUGUGCAGAAGGUGGACCUCAAGAGGCACAUGCUGACGCACUCGGGCGAGAAGCCGCACGUUUGCCGCAUAUGCCAAAAGCGCUACCAGGAGAAACGCUCGCUGGAGGCUCACAUGAAGGCGCACGUCGCCGCCGCUGUGGCUCACGACGCCGACAAGCGCCCUGAGCGCCAAGACUUGCUGGAGCUCUGAGUCUGGGGACAAGUACAUCAUCCAGGCCUCCCAAAACAACAGCGAGGUGAAUUUGUUUCGGGACCGCUCUCAUUACUCCAAACUCUCCACCCUGUCUCGGCCGAGUGUGAUUUGAUUGUUUUCGCUGGGGAAGUCAAAGAAAAGACGAAUAUAAAUUUGUAUAUUGCCAAACGUAAAAUUGUUCCACUGGUGAUUUGUGUAAAUACGUAUUUUUGACGUCCGUCUGAAGCACAUUUUCAUUCUUGCUUAUCGAAGAAAAGAACCGCUCAGAUGUUUGAGGCAUCACUUCGACUUCAAACUGCCCCCCAAAAAUUUAAUAUGGAAAGUCGAAACGUGAUGCUUGGGUAAAUUCUCGGUUGUGUCUCUUUA